AUGUAUUGCAAAUUAAGACAAUAUCCAUACAGCAUUAGGAUACUUGAUUUUCUAUCAAAUAAAGCUAGCCUUUUUUUAUUACAGUAUUUUCAAGAAAUAUUUCUUAAUUGUGAACGAAGUGGGCCAAAACUAAAUAAAAAAGCCAAUAAAAAGAAACCUUCAGAAAUUUAUCAGCUUGUGAUCCUGGGAAAAGAGGUAGACUUAUGGUGUUUACUAACAGGAUAUAGCAUAUCAUAUCCACCACAACCUGGAUUAUGUGAUCAAUGUAAACUUCCAUUUAUUGAUGACAAUGAGGAUCUUGUUGAUGAUGAUAAUACGGAGAUGAAGAUAAAAGAGAGAGAUGAUGAAAAUUCUGAGGAAAUAGAUAAAACACUAGAUAUUUUAUCUAAACUUACAAUAGAAAUUAACCAAAUAGAAAAUUA